GCUCUGCGGAGAAGUUUCCCCAACUCCUGCCCCGCGCCCGGGCUGAGCUCCCCCCCCCCCCCGGCCAGGCGGCAGCGCCCCCAUGUAGCGCGGGGCCCCGGCCGGGCGGGCGGGCGCCAUGGAGGGCAGCGGGGGCGCCGCGGCGGAGCAGCCGCAUUUCCUCAGCGGGGAAGCGGAGCAGCAGCCCGGGGCCGAGGCGGGCGCCGAGGCGGCGGGGCCGGGAGCGGAGGGCAGCGCCCCGGCCCCGCGGCAGCGCUCCCUGCGGGCCGUGUACGUGCUGAACGACAGCCCGAAAGCCGGGGCCGGGGCGCGGAGCCCGGAGGCCGGGGCGCUGCAGUGCCUGGUGCGAGCCUGCGAGGCGCAGGGGGCCCAGCUCGCCACCGUCAACUUCGGGGAGCUGGACUUCGGGGAGACGGCGGUGCUGGACGCCUUCUACGACGCAGAUGUUGCAGUAGUGGAUAUGAGUGAUGUUUCCAGACAGCCAUCACUCUUCUACCACCUUGGAGUGCGUGAAAGCUUUGACAUGGCCAAUAAUGUUAUACUCUACCAUGAUACCGAUGCUGACACUGCGCUGUCACUUAAGGACAUGGUAUCUCAGAAAAACACAGCUUCCAGUGGGAAUUACUAUUUUAUUCCAUACAUUGUAACACCCGGUGCUGAUUAUUUUUGCUGUGAAAGUGAUGCCUUGCGGAGGGCCUCUGAGUACAUGCAGCCUAGCUGGGACAACAUCCUGGGACCACUCUGUGUUCCACUGAUGGACAGGUUUAUCUGUCUUCUGAAGGACAUUCACGUUACAUCAUGUGCAUAUUGCAAGGAAACACUGUUGAAUGAUAUUAGAAAAGCUAGAGACAAGUAUCAAGGAGAUGAACUAGCAAAGGAGCUGGCCAGGAUUAAACUCCGUAUGGAUAAUACUGAAGUCCUGACUUCUGACAUUGUCAUAAACCUUCUUCUUUCUUAUCGAGAUAUCCAGGACUAUAAUGCUAUGGUGAAGCUGGUGGAAACACUGGAAAUGCUGCCUACCUGUGAUCUGGCUGAUCAGCACAACAUUAAAUUUCAUUAUGCAUUUGCAUUGAAUCGAAGGAACAAUACGGGCGACAGAGGGAAGGCAUUACAAGUGAUGCUUCAAGUCCUGCAGACCUGUGAUCACCCUGCUCCAGAUAUGUUCUGCCUGUGUGGGAGAAUCUACAAGGACAUAUUCCUUGAUUCCGACUGUAAAGAUACCAGUAGCCGAGAUAUUGCCAUUGAAUGGUACCGCAAAGGAUUUGAGCUCCAGUCAAGUCUAUAUUCUGGAAUUAACCUUGCAAUUUUGCUGAUUGUGGCAGGACAGCAGUUUGAAACCUCUAUGGAACUAAGAAAAAUAGGUGUGCGGCUGAACAGUUUGUUGGGAAGAAAGGGAAGCUUGGAAAAAAUGAAUAAUUACUGGGACGUGGGACAGUUUUUCAGUGUGAGCAUGCUGGCCAGUGACAUUGGUAAGGCAGUGCAAGCAGCAGAGAAACUGUUUAAACUGAAGCCUCCAGUUUGGUACUUGAGGUCAUUAGUCCAGAACCUGUUGUUAAUUCAGCGUUUCAAGAAACUCAUCAUCGAGCAUUCUCCCAGACAAGAGAGACUGAACUUCUGGUUAGAUAUCAUUUUUGAGGCAACGAAAGAAACAACUAAUGGACUGAGAUUUCCAGUUUUAGUGAUAGAACCAACUAAGGUCUAUCAGCCUGCAUAUGUGUCAAUCAACAAUGAAGCAGAAGAGAGCACUGUCUCUCUGUGGCAUGUCUCACCCACUGAAGUGAAACAGAUUCAUGAAUGGAAUUUUACAGCUUCCUCCAUUAGGGGAAUAAGCAUAUCCAAGUUUGACGAACGAUGUUGUUUUCUUUAUGUCCAUGACAACUCUGAUGACUUUCAAAUCUACUUUUCCACAGAGGACCAGUGUAGUAGAUUCUGUGGCUUGGUUAAGGAGAUUUUGACUGAUGCCGUGGGCAGUGCUUUGGAAUUAGAAGGAGAGAUUGAUGGGGACACACUGGAAUAUGAAUAUGACUAUGAUGAGAAUGGCGAUAGAGUGAUAUUAGGGAAAGGUACUUAUGGAAUAGUUUAUGCUGGAAGAGAUCUUAGCAAUCAAGUUCGAAUAGCCAUCAAGGAAAUCCCUGAGAGAGACAGCAGGUAUUCUCAGCCACUGCAUGAAGAGAUCGCGCUGCAUAAAUAUCUAAAGCAUCGGAACAUUGUCCAGUACCUUGGUUCUGUUUCUGAAGAUGGAUACAUUAAGAUCUUUAUGGAGCAGGUGCCAGGAGGAAGCCUCUCUGCUCUUCUAAGAUCAAAAUGGGGCCCAAUGAAAGAACCCACAAUAAAAUUUUACACCAAGCAGAUUCUGGAAGGGCUUAAAUAUCUCCAUGAGAACCUGAUUGUACACAGAGAUAUAAAGGGAGAUAAUGUUCUGGUGAACACAUAUAGUGGGGUGGUAAAAAUUUCUGAUUUUGGGACUUCCAAGCGGCUCGCAGGUAUCAAUCCAUGUACGGAGACAUUUACAGGAACUUUGCAGUAUAUGGCUCCAGAGAUUAUAGAUAAGGGGCCUCGAGGCUAUGGUGCACCAGCUGAUAUCUGGUCACUGGGUUGUACUAUCAUUGAAAUGGCAACAGGAAAGCCUCCGUUUCAUGAGCUGGGGGAGCCACAAGCAGCAAUGUUUAAAGUUGGGAUGUUUAAAAUUCAUCCUGAAAUCCCAGAAUCACUGUCUGCUGAAGCAAAGGCCUUUAUUUUGCUCUGCUUUGAACCUGAUCCGAAUAAGCGUGUCACAGCAUCUGAUUUACUCAAAGACCUCUUCUUAAAACAGGUGAACAAGGGCAAGAAAAACAGAAUUGCAUUCAAGCCUUUAGAUUAUAAUCGUAGUACGUCCCUCCCACUGCCAGUCCAUGGGGAACAGGCUGGCAGUAGCAGCAGUGAACAUGGCUCUGUCUCACCAGAUUCAGAUGUACAGCAUGAAUUGUUCUUUGAAAAGACAAAGCGAUCUGUUUCAGAGAACCCAGCGAAGCAUCCCAUUUCCCACUUAAGUGUUCCUGAUGAGAAUUCUGCCUUAGAGGAUCGGAGUGCUUCUCCUUCCCUUGAGGAUAGAGAUUCUGGUCUCUUUCUGCUAAGGAAGGACAGUGAACGCCGGGCAAUUCUCUAUAAAAUUCUUAAAGAGGAACAAAAUAAAGUUGCUUCAAACUUACAGGAGUGUCUCACACAGAAUUCUGAAGAACUGCAACUUUCAGUCACCCACAUCAAGCAGAUAAUUGGGAUUUUAAGGGACUUCAUUCGCUCUCCCGAACACAGAGUGAUGGCAUCCACUAUAUCCAAGCUGAAAGUGGAUUUGGACUUUGACAGCACUUCCAUCAAUCAGAUUCACCUGGUGCUGUUUGGAUUUCAGGAUGCAGUGAACAAAGUAUUAAGGAAUCAUUUAAUUAGGCCUCAUUGGAUGUUUGCAAUGGAUAACAUAAUUCGCCGUGCAGUCCAAGCAGCAGUCACUAUUCUUAUUCCAGGCUGCCUCAAGAACACAGACUUGAAUUCCAUACGAUCAUAAAAGAAGGUAAAUUGCCCUCCAGGCUUUGGUAGAGGCAGCAAAUACAGCCUCCCACUCAAUGGCACCAUCUGUAGUCAUGAGAUGGGCUUUGUGACUCCAAUCCUCCAGAUUUCCAAAAGAAGCCCAAUCAACCUUGGAAGAUCUGCCCUUCAAGGGAAAUAACCUAUUCAUUGAGAAGACGGACUAACCAUUACAUACCCUUAAGGACUCAAGUGACAUUCCCUUCGCUGAUAUUUGGAUGGAUGAUGAACUGAGAGCAUGCUUGGAGAUUGUAUAGUCCAUCCUCAGCAAUAACAGAAAAUGCUAAGCAGCAAAAUGGAAGAAAUUCUCCUUAUGGCAUCAAUUUCAAGACUCCCUACAAUUAUGACCGACCGACCUCUUUCUGAAAAUAUCAGAGUUCUCUAGUGCACUUGGUGCCCAUUAGUGCCUUUCACCCUCCAAUGGACAAAUAUUCAGUCUUCACCCACCUGACUAUAGUCAGGUCUCUGAAGGGACUUGUCAGAUCCUUUCCCCCAGUACUGAAAUCUACUCUGACAUGGGACCUCAAUCUAGUCCAGUCAGCAUUAACAAAUUCUCCCUUCGAACCUUUAGCCUCAUGUUCCGUCACUCCUCUGUCUAUGAAGGUUGCCUAUCUGGUUGGCCACCUCAGCCAGAAGAGUAGGUGAGCUGAGGGCCCUUGCGGUUGACCCACCUUAUAUGUCCUUCCAUAAGGAUAAAGUUUCCCUGAGGUUACAUUCUAAAUUUAAUCCAAAAGUAAUCUCAUAAUUCCAUCUGACUCAGGUCAUCUACUUACCUGUCUUCUAUCCAGAGCCCCAUGCCACCAGAGAGGACAGUGUCCAUUGAGCCUUGACCUUUUACCUACAGAUUUCCUUUUACUUUCAGGAAAUCUCCUAAACUAUUUGUCUCCUUUGCUUCCCCCCUCAUACAUUUGGCCAUCUCCUCACAGAGACUUCCUAAAUGGAUUUUGGGCUGCAUCGCUGUGAGUUGAUAGAAACCGCUUCCCCACAACGUGUGAGAGCAUGCCUGACCAGGGCCCAGUGUACAUCUGUAACUUCAUGUAGAGAUGGCCCUCUUCUAGAGAUCUGCAGAGCAGCAGCAUGGGGCUCUGUGCAUACCUUUGAGACACUUUGCCCUGGUACAAGCUUCUACACAUGUAUCCUUCAGUCUGUGAUACAGCAGAGUUCCUCACACCCUCCUCCUCAAUGGGUACAGCUUGUGAGUCGCCUCGAACGGAAUACACAUAGGGACCAUCAUUCAAAGAAGAAAGUCUGGUUGCUUACCUUGUACAGCAACUGGAGUUCUUUGAGAUGUGUCCCUGUGUGUAUUCCACUGCCCACCUCUGCUUCAGAUCCUUCUCCUGAGGUUAUUUGCUGUGGAUAAGGAACUGGAGAGGCAGUCAGUCCACAUCACCCCUUGUACCCUUGGUUUGGAGCAGAAGGAGAAGGGUGAAGGCAUGAGCCAAUGGACACUACUAGUGAAAAUUUUCCAGUCUCAGGCAUGUGGAUCACAUGUGCAAUUCAGAAGGAAUACAGAUAGGAACAGAACAUCUUGAAGAAUGCCAGUUAGUGCACAAAGUAAGUAACCAGACUUUUCUGGAAUUCUUCCUCUAAAAGCAACUCUGUUCCCCCAUUAUGUAAACAGAAUCCUGAGUCUUUACUGCCUGCCCAUGCUAUUUAUUACUUCUGCUACAUCACCAGUGCACCUGUGAUUUUAUAGACAAGUAAGAUUGUGAACGCCAUACAAACAGGGACCUAUCCACGCUUGAAUGCACUAAUACUGCCAUUGCUGUUGUUUGGAAAUGGUGCCACAAAGUCUGUGGUUCCAUUAAUGUAAGAGACUAAUGCUAUCAUGUGUUAAUAUUUGCCAAUGUUACAUUUCACUCCUAGCUACUGGUAUCUCCCUUAUUAAACACCGUAGGAAAGUACAUACCAUGUGGAAAGCAUCAGGAUAAAAUCUCAUCACUACUUUACUCAGCUUUUUUCAGUUAAAGAGGAAAUAUGCCACCCAUAAGAUGUCCAGAAAAAGUGUUGCUUUCCUGUGGUUUUCCCACAUUAACUGCCCCCCAAAAAGCAAGGGUAUGUGGUACUAAAUUGACUUC